AAGAUAGGAGACUCAAUUUCUAAUUCAUUAAAACAUUCUUUGGCGUUUUUAUUUUGUGGUCACUUGAAUAAUAAUGUCUCAGCUUCUCUUCCGUCUCUCCAAACUCUCUUCCCGGAACAAUGUGCUUAUACACAAGAGCGUUCGCUUGUUUUCAACCAGCCCGUAUUUAACACUUGGCAGCGUUGGUGAAGACUUGCCGGGAGAAGGCGGCGGCUACAUCGGAGAUAUCCUCUUGUUCGAUCCGGCCAAGGAAGAGUUAGUCACAGUCAAGGACAAAACAAUACCUGAAGAGCUUGUUAACUCGAAACUGGUCGGAGCUUCACAUGGAUGGACAUUUUUCUCUGACCGAUGCAAUCAUAAUUCUGAGGACCAUUGGGUGGAGUCACCUUCCGGCCAAAAGUUUCUUAGUCAAAUGGUACUCUCACGUCCCUUCUCAACGAUACAAAGAGCCGAUAUUGAUGGUGUUUAGAGAGGAUGAAGAAACAGAAGAGGGAACA